AUGGAGUCUGGAACAGAAUCUCCUGUCCGUUGCUCCAUCUGCAUGGAGUAUCGAUCUUCAGACGUCGCACGGAUGGUGCCUUGUGGUCACGAGUUCGAUCUGGCUUGUACCAGUAGGCUUCUCAAGAGCUCGGGUAUUGUAGGGCGCAAUUGUCCUUUAUGUCGAUCUCGUAUCGAAGAGAUUCAUUAUAACUUCGAGGACGGGACUCAUGAGAAGCAUAUUACCGGGCCGGUUCGGGCAGAGUCCCCACUCAUGUCCGGACCUUUCAUUCGACCAGAUGAGGAACUAAGGACGGACAUGGCUCCCGCUGAGCGUGACCGCGUGCUAGAGCUCCGCCGCCUUCGACAAGGAGGAGGUUGUCGGAUUAGGAUGUGUCUUGCGAAGCGGGGCAUUCAUACCAAAGAAGGCGAUAACUUCAUCGUUAUGCACAGCUGUAUCGAUGUAAGAAUCGACCAAGUACCGCACGACGCUGGCACAGCUUCUACAAUGGUUCGCAAAUUUGUGAUAGCAACUCUGCCAAUCGACGCAGAGAGCGAGGCGUACGUGCAUCGAUUUGGCCCGCUAAACCCAGCUGGAAUAGCUCAAGCCCGAGAUAACGUCAAAAUCCUUCUGGCACGGGUGGGUUGCUUCGAGCAAGAUUUCGCGCGGUUCCACAAGAACGGCUUGUUGUACAAGAUCCUUUACGAUGAUAAGGGUCUUAGAAUAAAUGUCAGAAAAACUCUACAAAUCGUCAAGGACGAUAACGGAGGUGAGGACAUCUUGAUCGUAUCAACACUGAAAAUGAACGAAAUCUACGCUACACGACCACCGGCUGCAGAUCCUGACAAGUUGUAUGGUAUCGAACGCAGCAAGAGGGAACAAGUGGUUCGCUUAGCACGCGAGGAAUUUGAGGGGGCGCUGGAAUUCGCAUUCAUUCAAAAUCCGACGAUUAUCCUGUCGGAACCUACGGCUACUGGGAUCUUAGAUGUUCGGCCUGGUAUUCAUUGCGAGCACUGCGAUCUUGGAGGGCAUAGGAAUGGGGAUUGUGAGUUGAAUAAGAUUCGGAAGAUUUUUGCCGAUCAUGGGGAGCUUGGCGAGGAUGAUGAAUUUUGAAUGUGUUCUUAGGCCUAUGCUUUUGAUGUCAUCUACUUUGGAUAUUCUGUCCUUGGUCUCAUCAUUUGGGUCAGUGUGUGAAGACGUAAGCGCGGAAUUGUCAGGAGC